CUAAAAUUAAAGGUGCCGUGUAGGCCUCACGAUUAGGCUGCAACUUUAGUGAAACUUACUGAAGUUCGCUAUUAAUUAAGUGACUUUACAUUGGACAGUUAUGCUUUUCUUUAUUAUUUAUGCCAAAUGUUAGUAGAAAGGUCGUUUACGACUACUGAUGUGUCUCCUUUGAAACUUCAAACCUGAGGCUCUGUGUGACGCGUUCUUUGAGGAUUCUGAGCUCAGUAACAAGGCAAUGUGUUAGACUUUGCCGUUAGUACAGUAUCAUGUAUUCUAUUCUGUUCUGAGAUGUCACUAAACCUGGCUGGAAUACUAUGAUUUGAUGAGGAAAUUAAGUGGGGAAAGCGACACAUCAAAGGGGCGCAAAAAAGCCAAGCGGAGAGAGUUUGUUGAAGUUUCACUGCAAUCUCAGAAGUGUACGUGGUUCACAAGGCAGGAGACCAUGGGUAACGGGGUCUGCUCUCGAAGACAGCGGAAGAUUUUUCAGUCUCUUUUGGCCAUCACCGUUAUAUUCGGCGGCAUAUACGGAGCAAUGGUAUCGUAUGAAAUGCACAAACAGCUGAAGCGGACGGAGGCACUGGCGCUGAAGUACCAACAGCAUCAAGAAUCCUUAUCAGCGCAACUUCAAGUUGUGUAUGAGCAUCGUUCCAGACUAGAGAAGUCUCUACAGAAGGAACGUCUUGAACAUAAGAAAUCUAAAGAAGAUUUUCUGAUGUACAAACUAGAAGCCCAACAGUCUCUGAACAAAGAGAAGCAGGAUGCCAGUAACAGACUAAACUCUCUGCAUGUGCAGCACCAGAUGCUGAAGAAUCAGCAUGACGACUUGAAGAAGCAGUUUUACGACCUGCAGGAGCGACAUCAGGUUCAGACAGAAGAUCACAGCAAAGCUGUGGAUGAGCACAAACGGGCCCUGGAGCAGCUGCAGCAGAACAAGGAGCUAGAGGUCUCCAAACUGAAAGAGAAUGUGUAUAAUCUUCGAGAAGAGAACAGGCAGUUAAGAAAGGCACAUCAAGACAUUCACAUGCAGCUGCAGGACACCCGGCAACAGCAUAAGGACCUAAAGUCUACCCACGACCAGCUCUUACUCACCCUGGAAGACCACAAGAGCGCACUAGCCGCAGCCCAGGUGCAGGUGGAAGAGUUUCAAAAGCUGAAGGAGACUCUGAAUAAGAUGCCAAGUUUCCGGCAGUCUGACCGGCAGCCCCAGGUCCAGGCUGUGGAGGCACACCCCCAGCCUGCUCAGUCUGCCCCCCCCCAACAUGAACACCGAGCCCAGCCCGGCACACAGCUCCGGGAAAAGGAAGAGCAGCAGCCUGCGGAUGAAGAGAUGGAGGGAGUCCAGGAGGAGGAGAGGAGAAGAGAGUUAGCUGAAGAAGAGAUGGAGCAAGCAGGGCAGCCACAGAAACUGGAGGAGGAAGAGGAGGGUGACCAGCACCAGAACCAAAGAGAGGAGGAAGAGGAGCCCGAGCAUGACCAGCCAGAUGACAAUGCAGUGGAGCAAGAACAGCACCGAGCGGAACCGGUGCAGGAGGAGGUGCGGGUGCAGCAGGCCCAGGUGGAGCGGGUGAAAUCUGCAUAUGAGCAGCAGCUGGAGCAGCAGAGGAUGGCUGCGCAAUUGGAGGAGGAGCGCAGGAGACUGCAGGAGAGGCAGGAGGCUUUACAGAAACAGAGAGAGGAGCAGCAGCGGCUGCGGGAGGAGAGACUGCGUGUACAGCAGGAGAGGGAGGAGCAGCAGCACAGGGAGGCUGACCGGAAGGAGCAGCAGCUUAGAGAGGAGCAACUCAGGAGAAAGAACCAGUAUGAAAACAUUGACAAUGAUAUAGUUCAAGGAGAGGAGGAUACACAGAUAGAGAAGGAGGAAGAGAGGAAAGGAGAACCAGGGGAAGAGGAGGAGAGGCUCGAUGAGGAGGAGCACAUCCAUCAAGAGGAGGUAGAGCGGCCGGUUGAAACAGACGUUGACCCUGAAGAUGACCCAAACAACCAGGGAGAGGAUGAGUUUGAGGAGGCAGAGCAGCAACCCCAUGGAGGGCAGGGUGAAGAGGAGGCCCCAGCAGGUCACGCAGACCACCACCUGGACAGAGGGAACCAACACCAGCCUCCACCUGAUGAACAACUGGUGAUGGCAGGAAACCCAGACCAACAGGAAGACAACUUGGAAGAGCAAUAUCAGGAAGAAGGAGAUGACGAGGGUCAGGAGGACUUGGCUGAUGAGCAGAAACAGGGGGAUCAGGGGGACGAAGCAGACCCCUACAACGAAGAGAACGGAGAACAGGAUGAUGUGAGAGAACAAGACAUGGGUGUAAGGGUGGAGAAGGAGCCUGUGAAAGAGCCCAAUGAAGAGGAGAACUAUGAGGAAGAUGAGGAAGAGGAGGAAGAGGAAACUAGGGACAAACGGACCAAUCGUAGGGCAGAGAUGUGAGGCAACCGUAUCACUAUAGCCCUCCGUACUGUCUCUCCAGAGGCCUUUCAAAACAACCUAAACCUUUAGACAAAAAAGAACGAAAACUUGAUGUUGGGGACAGUCAUAUCAAAAGGAAAUGGAUUCUUUUGUCCCCAUUGGGGUGGGGGGGGUGGGGUUAAGCAACUAAAUUUUGUAACCAUGACAACAGAUAGGCCACCUAACUUCAGAGGAGACUGUCAUCUGUUUGUCUGAAUGUCUACAUGUUUGUCCUCUUCUGCCUACUAUCUGUCUCCCUGUCCAUCUGUGUGUUAUUACUGAGCUGAAUCCAGUCAACACUGAAGCAAAAAUCCUGUAUGGUUAGUCCUACAGAUCUAAAUUAUUGCUGUUAUGCUGGACAGAUUUCCUGAACAGGAAGACUUACAAUUGAAGUGCCUGUAUGUUCUUUUUCUAAAGCUAUUUAAGUUUUUUUUUCUUAAUACACAAAUUGUGUCUGUCUUUUUCUGCCUUUUUUAAACUUUGAAAUGUUUUUAUAACAACGAAAUUAGAGAAUCCAAGAGUACUGAGAAAGUAUAGAACCAGCGUUCAUCAAUCAGCUUCAGUCUCUGCACGUUUGAGUACACACAGUUAUCACCACUGUCUGAAUAAUCCUGAGUGGGUACAUUUGUAGCCACACACUCUCUAUGCAGUGCUGGUGUACAGUUCCUGGUUGUGCAGUGUUGAUGAAUAUUUCUGCAGCAGGAGCGCCUGUCUGCAGUAUUGUACCACUGUUUAUCAGGGAUACAGUAAAAACCUGUUACUGACAGUUUUGUUACUCUGAUAGCCUACAAGUUUUUGUUUAUCGCAAGAGAAUAACCCUGCCUUUAAAAAACGUAACUAUAACCAUGUGUUACUGGUGUCAUUUUUUUCGGGAUUGUAGCUCAGAAAUUUCUUUCUUGUGACCUUGUGAAGUGUUUUUUUUUCUCCACCAUCAGGCCUAGGCUUGAUAAUAACCAAUUCACAGUAAUAUGAAUAAUUUCCAGUAUUCUGAUUUCAGUCCAAUGACAUCAUCUCAAACAUGGAAUUUUACAGUAUGGUGUAAAUGCACAGGUGGACUAACUUAUUGGAAUCUAAAAUGGUGACUGAACAGAAAGAGUUUGUUUAGUAAAAUAGAGAGGUUUCAUUGGCUUUAUCUCUUUCUCAAAUCUAUGCCUUAGUCAGUGCCUUCUGUGCUUUUUAUUCAGCCUAUCCUGGAACAUUUAUGAUACCAGAGAUACUAUUUCUGAGAAUUUCACCAGACAUUCUAAAAGUCCAGAUAUAAUGUCACUCCAUUCAUCCAUCCAUUUGUCCAUUCCACUCAUUUAGUCUUGUAUUCAUGUCUUACCUCCCUCUAGCCAGCUAAGCCUUGAUCGUGGCCACAGCCCAUCCCUUGUUUUGAAUGCCGAGGUUUUAGCAUCCUCCCUGUUUAAGUUCACAUCAUCUUUUAAAGUCAGAGUCAAAAGUCAGAUUUCAUCAUGUUGAUUUUAGACCUGUCCACCGUUUACCGCAGACACUUUUCAGUUCAUGUUGUGAAUUUCAGUUUGUUUCUGUGUAUCUGAAUGGACUGAUUUUGAGGGAAACUUGAUCCCAAACCUGUACUGUGCUACUGGCCACUGGCCAGGAACAUUCAACUUAUGGGGGGACAGGAUUUCCAGUUGAACUACACCAGUGUGCCACAUCCAGAGCCAACUUUGCCUUCACAUGUGACCCAUAAGUUAUAAAUAAAAAGAUAAAAUGCAUAAUGAUCUCUGGUUAUACAGCAUGGUUUAGGUCUUUUUUUUUCGUUCUUACCAACAGUCUAUGCCUGAAUGUAAGCAUGGGCUGAUGGGAGAUGAAGUAUUGCACUCUUACAAACAAGUAAUUGUAAAAAACUACAUAUCUCUUUGCUCCUUUUUUAUGGUGGUGGUGGUGGUGGGGGAGGUAUAUUCAGUCACCAGUUGUGCAGGAAAGGUAAAAAUUCAUUUUUAGGUCAAGAAGUUGACAACCACCAAAUGAGACAAUUUUAACAGAGCAGUUGUGUAAAGGAGUGUAAUUCUGGAAUGUAUGUUGAUUUGACUACAAAACUGUUAUAUUUAUUUUGUCAUGAAGACUUUUUUAAUACAUGUUUUUAGCUUUAACAAUCAUAUUAUAAAAUGCAAAUUUUUCAGUUUCUACCCCAGAGCUGUUUUGUCUUCCAGGUACAUGUUCAAUACUGUAAAAUACAUUGUAUAAGAAAAACUGUGCUGAUUUUUUUGUACAUAUUUUUCCUUAAACACUGAAUUGUAAAAGUGUAUAGGAUUGUGGGAUAUGAGAAUGGGAUUAAUAUUGCUGUUGUGUUUAUCUUAUGGGACUGAACAGACUGUUCAAAUAAAGACUGGUGAAGGAA